AUGAGUUCCAAGCCUAUCACCGGCACGCCUGGCGUUGCCAGCGCUGCGCCAAAACUCGAGAAGAAGCCGGUCAAGUUUAGCAAUUUGUUGCUCGGUGCUGGUCUCAACAUAGUAACAACUCUGGGACAGCCGUUGGAGGUCGUCAAAACCACCAUGGCUGCCAACCGGUCUGAAGGUUUCUCGGGUGCCAUUCGCCGCAUCUGGGCCCGUGGAGGUGUUCUUGGCUUCUACCAGGGUCUCAUUCCGUGGGCCUGGAUCGAAGCCUCCACCAAGGGAGCCGUCCUCCUGUUCGUUGCCUCGGAAGCCGAAUACUACGCCAAGUCGUUUGGUGCGCCCGACUUUGUCGCCGGUAUCUCUGGUGGAAUGACGGGUGGUCUUGCGCAGGCCUAUGCCACUAUGGGCUUCUGCACUUGCAUGAAGACAGUCGAGAUCACAAAGCACAAGGUCGCCGCCACUGGCGCAAAGCCCCCGGGUACUUUAGAAACCUUCAUGCAGAUCUGGCGCACCGAGGGUAUUCGCGGUAUCAACCGUGGUGUCAAUGCUGUCGCAGUGCGCCAGGUAACUAACUGGGGUUCCCGCUUCGGUCUGUCCCGUGUCGCCGAGACUGGUAUCCGAAAGGUUACCCACAAGGAGCAUGGCGAGAAGCUGAGCGUAAUUGAGAAAAUCACCGCCUCGGCUCUCGGUGGUGGUUUGAGCGCGUGGAACCAGCCCAUUGAGGUUAUCCGCGUGGAGCUUCAGUCCAAGACUGUUGACCCCAACCGGCCCAAGAACCUGAACGUUGCCUCGGCGUUCAAGUACAUCUACUCGAACAAUGGUAUCAAGGGUCUUUACCGUGGUGUUACUCCCCGAAUCGGACUUGGCGUUUGGCAGACGGUUUGCAUGGUUGCUUUGGGUGAUGUCGCAAAGGAGGCUGUUGAGAAACUCACUGGCGACAAGUUCGAACUUGACACCCCAUCGCCAUUCUUGUGUGCAUGGCGUUGCGACUUGACCGCGUUCUCGCAGCGACACAACCUGUAUUUUCUUGCCGCCACAGAUACUUUACACGUUUAUCAACCAGGUUUUCCGGAUCAAAGCUUGACCAAGGAGCCCGGCCUUGUCCUUCAUCCACCCAAGACUGGUCAUCGAGGGCAAGGUAUCGAUCCUUGGGAGCCUCAUUCCAUCAACCGCGUUCUUGUUGAAUACCUUGGUAACGAAGAAGUCCUUCUUAUCACCUGCGAUGAUGGCGAUGUAAUUGGCUACCGCACCGAGGUAAUCUACCGAGCUUUGCAACGACGAACCGACCAAGGUGAGUCUGCUAGCGAGGAUGGCGUUCACAUCUUCUUCCAUCGAAACGUUGGCGCUAGCGCAUGGGGCUUAGCUGUGCAUCGAGAGGCUCGGAUCAUUGCCAUUAGCGCGAAUACUUAUAAGAUCACUAUCGUCGCGUACGCGCUCGCAGAUCAAGCUGAAGAACCAGCGAACUCAGAGAACUCAGAUAACGACACCUCUGAGUCCUCGAAGUCUGCCUCGCGGUCUCCUUUCUGUAGACAAAACGAGACCAUCUUUCAUCUUUCCACCACAAACAACCUACCGUCAUUGUCAUUUUACGGCAGUUCUGGACGUUGGCUUUUGAGUAGCUGCAUCGAUGGCAAGACAAUACUAUGGGAUCUUCAUACCAGGAAGGAAGCAGCUAAUUACCAGAUGGGAUGGUGCAGAAGUGCGGAGAACUUGGACUCUACUCCUCGCUAUGAAUCACGAGGGUUUAUGUGCAAUUGCCCGGCUGCUUCAAGCGUGUUGCACGGAGCUUGGGGCACAAUAGCACUGGAUACGACAUCAGCAUACUACUUACCCCCCGCAGAAGAAGACGAGUUGAAAAUCAAGAAUGAGCCAAAAAGCUUUCGGGAUGCGACGGCUCAAAAGAAGAAAUUUACGGUUGCAUCUCUUAACGCAUGCAUCCCGCCGUAUAUGGAGCCGAGUGGAAGCGAGGAUGAACAGAGUGAUCUAGACGACGAGGAUACAGAUUCUAUGGAAGGUCAGACACAAGGAGUCCAGCCACUUGGUUACGUUCAAGGAAGUCUGGCACCGGCUCAAGUGCAAGCUAUCCAGACUAUGAUACAGGCACACCAAAACCCGCAGGAUGUACCAGACUUGAUAUUCAACAUGAUUGCUCCUGCCAGAACACUAUUUAGUUACGAGCCAGCCUUGAAACCUUACUGCGCAAUAGAGUAUUCUGAAAGUGCCAAGUAUCUCGCCGAAGGAGAAGAUCUUGAUAAACCUUUUCUGAUUCUUACGAAAGAAGAGAUCUUUCUCGUCCAGCGCCCCUUUGUAACAGAUACAAAGGAUAUAAUCAGUCAGGUUACAUCAAUGCAGCGCCCGUUGCAUCCCGGCGAGCGGAUCCCAUCGCUCGCAUCGCAAGACCGACACUGCUACUUCUCUCAAAUCCCCGAGCUAGGCGUCUUCAUUGUCGCAUCACCAAUUGGCCGUGCAGCAAUAUUCUCACUCUACAGGACCAUGGACGAAGACAGUGCGCACCGACGAUACGGCUUCAAGCUUGAAUACCUGCUGCCUUUUAAACAGGAGAAUGAGAAUCAGAUUGCGGGUGCGCCGAUUGGGCGUAUGAUUGGCGUGGCGGUUUCUCCGGUCCAGGGCAUGUUUGAUGGUCAGGGAGAUGCAGAUGGCACUACCGAUCAAGAGCAAGGCGUGCAUCAGCCGAGACGAUGGCGCAUUCUCAUGUAUUACAUGGAUCAUACGGUGUUGAGCUUUGAGUUGUCGAAGCCGAGGGGGAGCGAGUCGCCUGAUUUGGAGGAGUUGGUUGUGUAG